CUACUCGAAUAAAGCUCCUGCAUGGAAACGCUGAGCGAGAUCAUCUACGACAGGGUUCACAACCAGAAAUGGUUUACUGCACGAGGCCUUAGAUCACUUUCUCAAGCGACUGGAUGGGCUGAAGAGACGAUUGCAAAAGUGAUUGCUUGUCUGCUUUUCUAUCUACUCAAUGGAGGUAGUGAUUGGUUUGUGUGCAAUAUGUUGCUCAUAAUAGUCCCUAUGCUCCUUAUCUUUGUGUAUCCUGACGAGCAACCUCCCGUAGAUCAUAUGAUAGUCUACUGGAUUUCAGCCUUUGUAUUAUCCGCCUGUGACCAUAUGCUAGAAGAUUUGCCAUUCUACUAUCUGCAGAAAUUCUGCAUUCUUCUGUUCAUUUUGGUCGAACCGUCAUGCUUGAACGAUAGACUCAAGGUCUGGUUAAAGGUGCCUUCCAAAUUGGACGUACACAAAAGGGAACAGGAGGAACCAGAUGUGAAAACAGCAAAAACAUCAUCAGCUCGCGAAAUGCUCACUCGAGCCCUGAAGGCGCUGACAAGUGCCGAGCUUUCCACGAUACAAAGGCAACAGGUUGUGACCCAUAAAACCAAGAUUGUGAGUCCGUACCACUCAGACAGGGAGCAUAAAAGGAGUGAAGAUAGGCGAAAAAGUCCUCCAUCCCACUCAGAUAGUGAUCGUCAACACGAAUCACGCAGAUCAAGGCAUAGAAAGCAUUCAUCUUCGCUUUCAGAUAGUGAACGACGCCAAGCUGGAAGGAAUGUCUCAGGUUCCCAUCCACAUCGCGAACAUCAUGGCAGCAGUCCUCCUGCUGAAAAUUUUGUAAAUUUCAACGCAGUAGUUCCUGGUAGUGGAUCGAGUUCCAGCGAAAGUGUGGAGCACGAGCAAAGAGCUGUUUCUCAACAGGAGAAAGCAGGUGCCCCAGCACAUUUGAAAGGAUCUACCCAUGGAAAGGAAACGGUCAAUCCUACACAUAAAGGCAAUAUAACCUCAAACAAUCCUUUUUAA